CCUCCCCACGAAGAGGUUGCAGCCCACUCGCGGAGGCGGAGCCAACAACUUCCCCGGCGCUUCCUUCACUCGGAUUUGGAGGCGCUGCCUGGAUUGAGUGAGUGAGUGGAAAGACAGAGAGAAGCGCGAGUGGGAAGAGAAGAGAAAGAAAGGAAAGGCAGGGAGGAAAGAGCGGGGGUCUCCGGAUCGCGCGUGGGAAGCGACGAAGAAGCAUCAGGUUUCCUCCUCGCCGCGGUCGCGAGGGAAAGGCCCCCCAUAUGGGCCGGUGAGGGCGAAGAAGAGAGGCGGGGAUCGGCUGGAGGGCCAUGCUGGCCGGGCGGGCAAGGAGAGCCACUCUCGAGCCCAUCGUCCGCGCGGAGGGGACUCCCUAAAAGCCCGGAGGGUGCUUCUCCUCUCUCCCUCCUCCAUGGAGGCCAGCGGGAGCAGCCCGGACUCGAGCCGAGGCCAGCGCCUGAGCGUCGGGGAGCUGCGGUCGCUCUUCGAGGCGCGCUGCGUGGCCGCCGCCCAAGGCACGCCGCUGCCCGAGGCGGCGCAGAAGGGCUGCCCGCGGCCCCGCAACGGGGUGCUCCCGCCGGUCAUCCCGCAGCUGACGGUGACGCCCGAGGACGAGGAGGAAGGCAAGGGAGGUCCCCGGAGCCCCGCCGGAGGAGGAGGGUGCCGGUCAGGCGAGCCCGAGGGCGCCUGGCUGAGCACCGAGAGCGGCGCCCUCCUCCCUUCCACGCGGCGCCUCUCCACCUCCUCGCUCUCCUCCACGGGCUCCUCCUCGCUCUUCGAGGACUCCGAGGACGACCUGCUCAGCGACACCGAGGGCAGGAGCCAAGGCAUCGUCCACCUCGAGCACGGCGAGGAGACCCACCAGAAAAAAGCAUGGCAGACCAUAAAAACUAUUGUCAAUUUGCCAAUCAUCAGCCCUUUCAAGAAGCGCUACUCUUGGGUGCAGCUGGCUGGCCACACAGGGAGCUUCAAGGCAGCAGACGGUGGGACAAUUCUGAAGCGCUACUCAGAGAAUGAGGAGAAAUGUUUUGAGCUGCUCAUGAAAGAUCCACUGCGCUCCUGCGUUCCCAUCUUCCAUGGUGUGGUGGAAAGAGACGGCGAGUCCUAUAUCCAGCUGGAUGACCUCCUAGUUAACUUUGAAGGGCCUUGCGUAAUGGACUGUAAAAUGGGAAUCAGGACAUAUUUGGAAGAGGAGUUGACGAAAGCAAGAGAAAAACCGAAGCUACGUAAAGACAUGUAUAAGAAGAUGAUUGAUGUGGACCCUCUGGCACCCACAGCAGAGGAGAACACACAACAUGCAGUGACUAAACCACGGUAUAUGCAGUGGAGGGAGACCAUUAGCUCCAGUGCAAACUUGGGCUUCAGGAUCGAGGGGAUUAAGAAGGCUGAUGGGAGUUGUAAUACCAACUUCAAGACAACCAAGACAUGGGAGCAAGUUUUCCACGUUUUUAUGGAAUUCAUUAAAGAAGAUACUGCUAUAUUGAAAAAAUAUUUAAGACGUCUGUAUGAAAUUCGUGGUAUCCUUGAAUCUUCAGAGUUCUUCAAACGGCAUGAGGUAAUCGGAAGUUCACUGCUAUUUGUUCAUGAUGAAAGUGGGCAUGCCAAUGUAUGGCUUAUUGAUUUUGGAAAGACUACUCUUCUCCCAGACGAGCAGACCCUGGAUCACAGGAUUGCAUGGGAGGAAGGAAACCGGGAAGAUGGAUACUUAUUUGGACUGGACAAUUUGAUUGCUAUCUUAGCAAGUAUCUUGGAGAGAUGAGAGGAACUGAUUCAAGUUCAGGAAAGGACUUCACCUUAAGUUUUAAUUUUUUUUCAUAAUCAAUCCCUCUGCUAGAGGUUAAGCCUUUUAAAACUUGCCAUACUCUGUGGACACAAGGACCUAGGAUGCUGCUGGAGAAAGAAAUAGAAAUGUAGCGCCACCACACAGUGAUCUGGAAUGCAAACUGGAUGGAUUCGGUUUUAUGGAACAACAGAAUGAAUCUUGAAUAUUUAUACAUUGGAUCAGGACCAAGUGACUGCUUCACUCAUGAACCAAAUCAUUCUGGAUCACCUUUUAGCAACUUGGAAUAAAUGUUGCUUGCCUCAAGUGAGAUUGAAGAGACCAGACCUCUUCUGUGGAGGAGUUGUCUUCAAAAUUAAUAGGCCGGCCUCUUUUCUAUUUCUCACCCCAUUCAAAGGGAUGUUCACAUUCCAGGGGUUUCCUUGAAACACCGUAUAGAGAUAUAAGGCCUUCAAGCCUUUAUUUUAAAGUCAUAACAGUAAUAGCAAUCUGGUUACUAUAAUGCAUUGAAAUUUGAAAAUGUACAUAAAAUGCUGCUCAAUCUUCAGAAACCAAAAGGCACUUGGGGCUUCUACUAGCCAAUUCAAGUGUAUAUUUGCCCUUGUUCUCCCCAUACCCCUUCUGUUCUUCCCAGCCUUUCUUCCCCUCCCAAUCUGUUUUCUCUCCCUGUUCCCUCUCAUGCAUAGUUUUUCUAUUCCCUUUGCCAAAGUGCUGUGCAGUUUGCCAGUUGCAGAAGCAAUCCCUGCUCAAAAUGUUUUAUGCAAAUCCAGCCUGUAGUCUUGCCCACAAAACAGGAUUGCAGUGUAAAGAAAUCCAUGCAAAAGGUGUGAAUUUGCAUGGCUUUAUACUGAGCUCAGAGUUGGUUUGAUUGAAUAUCAAUUUCCUUUGCUUGUGUCAACCUGGGGAGUUCUAUACUAUCAGCUGUCAUACCUUGAAGAAGGCUAAAUAUGGGAGAAUUGGGUCUGCAUUUGAUUUUGCAGUAGUGCCUCCAUAUUUUCAUCUGUGACUCUUGUUAUAACCUGCUGGAUUUUUAAUUGUUUUAUGCAAGAAAUGCUACACAUUCCAGAAAGAAAGCAUCAGUAUGCUUUGAAAGGGGCUUAGAACAAUUUUAGAGAAGUUUGUGCUGGCCCAGAAAUGACCUCUUUUGCCAGCUGGCAUUGCACCUGAAUGUUUGAACAUCUGAGGGAUUACAUCUUACUGGCGUAGUUGAGCUAGUAAAGGUAGAACUGACGUAUGUAGUUUACACUGAAAUGUUUCAUGUCCAAGGAAUCAGGAUGCCAGUUUUGUUGCUUGGUGUAAGAGUGCUUUAGCUUUGACUGAUUCCAGACCUGCAGUUUCUGCAUGAAUAUAUUGGCAGAUUUAAAAGAAAUAGUUAUCUUUCUAGAGCUAGAUAGAGAGAGAUACACUGAAGACUUGAAAAAGAAGGUGCUAGGUACUUUGGGAAAGUAUUAAGAACUGUUUAGUGUAUCAGUUGAAAGUGGUAUUUCUAUAGCAACCACAUAUUUUGCAGCAACAAAUCAGUUGUGAAAGUGAUGGCUUAUGUUACAGAAAAUACUGUAACUUCCAUCCUUUUCUUCUAUGAGGUAUCAAGGCUUAAAGUCACUAACAAAAAGUAUCAUGGAUUGAUCUGGCAGAACAUUUUUCUUGUGUUUUGCAGCCUAGCCAUAAAGUUCCAUUAAUCAUGUGAUACAUGUGUCAGUUGUCACAAAACUAGUUCCAGCAGUGGCAGUAGCAACUGUGUGUGUUGUUGCCUCUGCAUGCACUACAGAAAGGUUGGCUGAGGUUAGGCAGGGGUUGACUCUCUUGAUUUGAUGCCAUUGUUGGUGCCAGGCUUUAGGAGGCUGUAACACAAUUGGAGGAGAUCGCUUGAGUUGACUAUCCUAUCAGUCAUGAUUUCAGUUGGUCUACUAUAGUUGGGAUUAACCCAUAGGAUUUCAGCCUAAAAUGCUGCAACUAGAAAGAUAUCCAUAGCUAUGACAAUGUAACUCCAGGUAGUAGGGAUGGGGAAUAUGUGGCCCUACAUUUCUUGUGUGGAUUGCAGCUUUGGUAUGCCAGUGUAGUGCUGGUGGGAGAUGCAUCCAUUAUCAGUUACUGAGCCUCGUUCCUCUAAAGCAGAGCUAAGCAACUCAGCGUCCUACACAUGUUUUAAACUUCAUGAUCCCUGGCCAUGCUCGCUACGAUGUGAGUUAUAGCCCAAAACUAUAGGAAGAGUGCCAGCCUGCCUACUGCUGUCAUAGAAGAUAUAAAAUGUGGAACUAUAUUCCAAAAAAUAAUGGUUGCAUCUUUUAUCUUCAGUGACGAAAGCAUGGAAGAUCUGAUAUACUGUUUAAUUCCAUGAAUUAUACUUCAGUGAUGGGGACUCAUGCUUCAAAUGGUUGUGGACUUUAGCCGCAACUCUACUUCUUUUGUAACCAGACGGAAAGUCUUGUCGUAUUUGUAGAGGAUGUUGCUCUGAACACUACAUUGCAAACAACUGUAUAGGCAUCUUAACUGUAUAGGUUGAGAAGUUUAAUAGUUCCAGUUCAAUAAAAAUUUCACUGAA